AACUAGGUGGGCAGAAUUUUUGGCCCUUGGUCCAAAAACCUUGGUCACCCCUGAUCUAGAGCAUAUUUAAAAAUAUUUCAGAAUUUGUGGUUUCGAUUGGUAAAUUAUUUAAUUUUGACACUGUUUCAAGCGCUUUACAUUAACAAGCUUAGCUAGAAUGAAAUAUGCAAGAAAUUCACUGUUAACUCAAACCCCCUCGGGAAUAAGUUGAAUGUCAUGCUCAUGCCGAUAAAAGACUUGCGAAUAACCUGACAUGCUAAAAGGUGCAUAAAGAUUUCGAUGCUGUUGCAGAUAUGAUAGCAAUUAUUGCUAAUAUUUAGAGCACUAUGAAAAUUUUAGAAUAAUAAUUAUCAUACUUCUAAUAUUGUGUCCUGUCAUCGCGUUGCCUUGUUUUUUGUUUGAAGUAAUGUUACUUGCAAAUACACUUCAUAUCGUAGAAGAAAACAGCUAUAACCACCUAUUUCAAAAUUUAGAAGAAAGUGGAAUUUCACUCACCUGUUAGCAGAAGCAAUCAUUUUUUUGACUUUUAUUUUGACAUAUCUCCUGUUGGAGUGCAAUCAUCAAUUUUACUAUAAUUUUUAAACAGAAAAUUAGCUAAUAAUUACAUCUGAACUAUUGCAUUAGAAACAGCUGGAAAAGUCAUGCCGCUAAAGGAAAAUAUAAAAAUGAAGGUUUACAACUUCGUCACAAGCUUGAGGACAGCAGCUUUUGUCAUGAGUUCCGCUGUGAUCAUAUUUGCUGCUGUGAGAAACUCAUUAACAUGGCAUAUGCAACAUAUAUGGGGAGCUUCUCACGAUUUCUGGCAAAAUCUAUGGAGAAAUAUAUUAUAUUGGACUGGAGAAAAUGAAUUCAUGGUGUAUGUUAUUGGACCUACAAUUGUAGCUUUCAUUCCUUACUGGAUUUUCAAUCUUCUGUUGAUUGCGAUGGAUAUGACUGGGAAGCCAGCUUGUCUAUAUCAAUACAAAAUACAAGCAGAUAAAAACAAGAAGGUUACAUGGCCACAAGUUAAGCAUACCGUGCUUAUUGUUUUGAGGAAUCAGUUUAUCAACAUGUUGGCUACCUGGUGUUUUUUACCUUUGUACAAAUGGAGAGGUCUGAUGACACAUGGACCUGAACUCCCAACUUUUCAAUGGGUUCUUAUCGAACUGACGGUUUUUGUUUUCUUGGAAGAAUUACUGUUCUACUAUUCCCAUAGACUGUUACACCAUCCUUUAGUGUACAAACACAUACAUAAGAUUCAUCAUGAAUGGACAGCACCAAUUAGUAUCACAUCUUUGUACUGUCAUCCACUUGAAAGUAUAUUUUCAAACACUGUUCCUGUGAUGUGUGGACCACUGCUGUAUGGAAGUCACAUAGCAACUGCUUAUUUAUGGGUUUUGAUAGCAAAUCUCAACACGACAAAUGCCCAUAGUGGAUAUCAUUUUCCAUUUUUUCCGUCCAAUGAAGCUCAUGAUUACCAUCACCUCAAAUUCAAUGAGAUGUAUGGAGUGUUGGGAAUAUUAGAUCGUCUUCACAACACUGAUGCCAAGUUCCGCAGCAUUAAGCAAUACGAACGUCAUCAGACAUACUUCAGCUUGACGCCAAUUAGUACACUCAUACCAGAUCUGCCCAGGAAUACAAAGCAAGUACACUGUGGACCAGGUAGCUCAAAGCAAGAUUGAAAUUGGGACUUGUUUUGUAGAUUUUCGUGUUGAAAAUGUUUGCUAGGUCCAGGGUGUUUUUUGUUCAUUGAGAUAAAUUAUGUAAAAUAUUCUGGACUGAAUAUCUUUAUACUUGCCACAUUAUUUUCUUAUUAUGUAUAUCAAAUAUGAGUACUUCGGCUAUCAUGUCUUGUACAUAUUAAUCACCAAACCAUUCACCUCUUCGUUAUAUUUUUCCACAUGAUUUAGACUUAAGAGUUUGAAUCAUCACUCGAUACUAUGAUUUGAUAGCUGAAUUCUAUAUUUUCUAAUUUAUAUUUUGAGCUCAUCUAAAUUAAAAUCUUGAGCAUUUAUACUGUUGGAUUCACAAUAAGUGUAAUAUAUUCUAUUUAAACAGAGAAUAUUUUUCCACAACUCGUGAGUUAUGUCUUUAAGUUUUGUGCAUUUGCAAUUGAAUUUAAGUUUGGUAAAUUAUAAUAUAUUGCAUAAAACAAAUCUAGAAUAAAGAGAUUUUUGUUAUCGAUAUAACAACUGAAUAAUCCUUUAAACAGAUAAGCAGAAAGUUCUGGGAAACAAAUAUUUUAAAGUUAUAUACAUAUCAUGGUACAGUCUUUGAACUGUUCCACAUUGGAAAAUUUAAAACUUGAAAUAUGUAAAAAUAAUGUUCAAUUCAUUGCAUCUAUAUGUUUGUAAUCGAUAAACUUGAAACAUAUAUUUAAAUUUAAAACUUGAAGUUCCACCAUAUUAUGAGAUUAUAUUUUUUGAUCCAUAUUUUGUAUUUAGAUGGAAAAUAAUACUUUCCCCAAUACCAAACCCCCUCACUAAUACUACUUUAAUUCGUACUUCUAGCGGAACUUCACAUGUUGAUUAGUUGUUUCAUUCCAUUUCAUUUCAUCCAUGUUCCAAAUAUUAUCAGAUUCUUCUUAUUGAUAAUUCAUUUCAUGUGUUUCAUUUUACUGAGACAUUUUUUGCUAUCGGUUUUCACACCCCGAAGGCGAUGGGUACUGGAAAUGUUGUUAAACGAGACCUAUUCAGUGCCGUUUUAAUCACCUGUCCGUCGCAUUUGAGUAGUUUUUUUACUCAUAAAUUAUAAUCUGCACGAUUUUCAUUCAGGUUAGUUUAUUAGCAUACUUUUAAUAAAAAUGUGUAUGGAAUUGCACAAGGUUGCACCGUGAGGCCCAUGUUGUUUAUGUUGUACGAUGUUAAGUAGUCUUCAAUGUAUAUUCAGUUAUAUUAUUCAAUUCGAAGCCGACCAUCGUUCAUUUAUAUUUUCUUUGACAUAUUAUGCAUGGUGUUAUAAACACGUUUCAAGUAGAAAAUUUAUGAAGCGAUUUAAUGAUUUGAGCAAUUGUCGGA